UAAAGGUCAUAUCCGGUCAACGCAUUUGCUUAAUUGUCGUUUUCAGUGCGAUUGUUAUUGUAUUCCUGCGUAGGCAGCUAGAUAAGUUAAAAAACUUGCUUACACGUUUUAUUUCAACUUGCCCCACAAUGGGGGUUGACUAGGAAAUGUUUCCUAUAUCCAUCUAACAACAACGAUACAUGUUAAUCGAAGUCUCAAGCUAGCAAUUGCGGCACGUUAGCUAGCUAGCUAGGUGCAACACGGCGAUAGGAAACGUUAAGUAGAUAGGUCUUUUUAAAACUAUCGAGUAAGUACGUUUACCUGUACAUUAGAUUAGAAAUUAUGGGUUCGUCGAAGAAACACAAGGAGAAAGGACGUGAUAAGGAUAAGAAUGCUGAGGAGCGUCACCGUGAGCACAAAAAACACCGUCACAAGGACCGGGAGAGGGACAAGGAACGAGAUGGCAACCGAGAGAGGGAGAAAAGGAAAAGGUCUAGAUCAAAGGAAAGGACUGGACGGGGUUCCGAAAGAGAAGGUCGCAGUAAAGGCGAGAGAAGUACUGGGGAGCCACGUGUAAAAAGAGAAAAAGUAGAGCCUGGACAUGAAGAGAGCACACCGAAUGCAGGAACUGGACCGCAGUCUGCAAGCGGAGAUGCCUCGCUUAGUAUCGAAGAAACUAACAAGCUGAGGGCAAAGCUUGGUUUGAAGCCCCUGGAGAUGACCGACACCAGUAAAGAACUCGGCACAAAGGAACAGCCAAUGGUUGCAGAAACGAUCAACCCUGUGCACAUAAAGCAGCAGAAAGAUAUGAGGGAGAAACUGGCAGCUAUGAAGGAAAAGAGGCUCCUCAAUCAAAAACUGGGUAAAGUGAAAACCUUAGCAGAAGACGACUGGCUGGAUGAUACUGUUGCCUGGGUGGAGAGAAGUCGGAAGAUGGCCAAAGAGAAAGAACUGGCGGAGAAGAGGGCUAAACUUCUGCAGGAGAUGGAUGAAGAGUUUGUGUGAGCACUCUGGUGGAAAGAGGAGUUUGGACAGGCUAAGCAGGCUGCUUACAGUUCUAGGGACCUUAAGGGGCUCACUGUACAGCAUAAGAUGGAGUCAUUUAAUGAAGGGGAGACGGUCAUCCUCACACUACAAGACAAAGGCGUGCUUGAAGAGGAGGACGAUGUCCUCGUAAAUGUGGGUCUAGUAGAUAAAGAAAAGGCUGAGAAGAAUGUGGAGUUGAAGAAGAAAAAGCCAGAUUACAAAGCUUACGAGGACGACGAGAGUGUGGAUGACAUGGUUACAUUCAAGCCGCGCACUGUGCUGGGCAAAUACGAUGAGGAGAUUGACGGGGAAAAGAAGAAGAGCUUCCGACUGAGCAAAGGCGGCUGUGCCGAGGGGGAACGGGAACGGGAGCUUCAGGCCAUUCGGGAAACCCUGAGGAACCAGGCCCAGUCCCUGGAGAUGCCUGCUCUCGCUAUAGCCUCUGAGUACUACACACCCCAGGAGAUGGUUGGCUUCAAGAAGACCAAGCAGCGCGUUCGUAAGAUCAGGAAGAAGGAGAAGACAUCGCCUAGUGCACUCAAACUAGACGACACACGCAACACUGACUUUGGCUCCAGGGCUCGUGGUCGGGGUCGCAAGCAGCCAAAUGAGGAGGUCCCGGAGUUGGAUAAUGAGGGUGUCCCCAUACCAGGACUGGACGUUCCUCAACAGUCUGACGACGUCAGGAUGGCAGACAUGGACAUCAGUGACGAUGAGGACUUCACCCCCCCUGAGCCGGCGGUCCUGGAGGAGGACGAGGCAGAACAGGAGCUGCAGAAGCAGCUGGAGAAACAGAGGAAGCUCAAACAGAAGCAGAUGCUAAAAGACUCUGGGGAAAAGGUGGCAGAGCAGGUCCGAGGGCUUGCAAGAGGGGACGACAGUGACACUGAAGAUAAGAAGAACCUGAACAUUGUGUUCAAUGCCACCUCUGAGUUCUGCAGAACCCUGGGGGACAUCCCUACCUACGGCUUGUCAGGAAACCGAGAGGACCAGGAGGAUAUUAUGGAUUUCGAGCAGGAGGCGGAGAGGGACGGAGGCGGAGGAUCAGACUCUGAAGGGGACGAGAAUGUCGGGUGGAGCAUUGUCAAUGUGGACGAGGAGCAGAAGCAGCCCGACUUCUCCACGGCCUCAACCACCAUCUUGGAUGAAGAACCCAUCGUCAACUCCGGUUUGGCUGCUGCCUUGGCGCUGUGCAAGAACAAGGGUCUGUUGGAUACGCAGAUGCAGAAGAUAGCCCGUGUCCGCGCCCCUACCGGAGCCCUGCCCAACGAUAACUACAGCAUUGAGGACAAAAUGACUAUAGAUGACAAGUACAGUCGCAGGGAGGAGUAUAGAGGCUUCACCCAGGACUUCAAAGAGAAGGACGCCUACAAGCCUGAUGUCAAGAUUGAGUAUGUGGAUGAAUCGGGCCGCAAGCUCACUCCCAAAGAGGCUUUCCGGCAGCUCUCACAUCGAUUCCAUGGGAAGGGUUCUGGCAAGAUGAAGACUGAAAGAAGAAUGAAAAAGCUGGAAGAAGAAGCUCUGCUGAAGAAGAUGAGCAGCAGUGAUACCCCUCUAGGAACUGUCGCUUUGCUUCAGGAGAAGCAGAAGUCGCAGAAGACGCCCUACAUCGUUCUGAGUGGAAGUGGAAAGAGCAUGAAUGUAAACACCAUCACCAAGUGAGGGACUGGACCAGUGAGGAUGUGUGCUGUGCACUGUUAGACAGACAGACAGACAGACAGACACACACAUACACACACACACACACACACACACACACACACACACACACACACACACGGGUGAUGAUACAUUUUAAAUUUAUUUUCCUUAUUAUAUAAAUCCAAAUUGCAUUUUACUGUUGUGUAAAAGUCAUUUUCUUUUGACACUUGAUGUAUGUAAACAAUUACCAAUGUUUUUUGCAUACAGUAAAGAUUUAACAUGAUUA